AUGGUGUUCUCAACGACAACGCUAUUCAAGAACAUAGCCUGUCCGGCGGGAGAAAAGUGCAACUUGACCAGCUGCAUCUAUUCUCAUGAAAAGAAGCCGUCGGCCGAGACACCCGGCGCGCAAACCACAUCAAUACCAAAUGUCUCGAAGACAGCAACCACGCCUCAACAACCAUCUCCAGAAGAUGAUUUCCCCGAGCCAGCGAGCAAGCGUCGCAAAGUCACCUACGACACUCUCGCGGACAAGCCGCCGAGCAGAGCCGACAUCAUUCGCAAGCAACUGGCCGCUGUCAAGAAAUCGCCACUUUCCCAAUCGUAUGCUGCACCAAGUCAGAGUUCAUCGCCAAAUUUGAAGUCACAGCCUCCAGUCAGCCUCAGCAAGCCCACAACUCCUCCGCCCACAAACGACAAAGCCACGACAAUCGGCGGCCCGAGUGUCUCAGGAGCAUUAGCAAACAAGGCCGUACCACCCCCCAAACAACCAGGAACGCUGGGCAAUGGCAAGAUCGAAACCCUCAACCCUCGACUGAUCACAAAUGAUCCAGUCGGACACCCUAAGAGACAAAACUUUCUCAAGCACUUGCAUAUGGAGAUGGUGCGCCUCAACACAAUGCUAUGUGAAGCCCCAGGUCUGGAGCAGAAACACCUCCUUCGGUUGGAUGAGCAAGAGCUCAUCAAGUUCGCACUCGAUGGGGAGGAGAAAGUGGCGCGCGACAAUCCACAGGUCUAUUCAAAUGUCAUCAAGCAACGAAUCGCCGCUUUGAGGAAGAUGCCUCUUGAGGAAUGGGUCAAGGAAGUGAAGAUCACCUUUGGCAAAGGACAGCCGGAGCCUGUCAAGAAGACCGAGAGGCCCAUCGAGACCGGAUUGUUACUCAGUCAGGAACAUUUGAUCCUGCCGCACCUGGUAGCCGACCAGAAGCCGCUUGCGGCACACGGAUAUAUCCCUGUACCUCCAACAGCAGAGCAAGCCGCUGAAGCCGCUGCGGCUGUUGUAGCAAGUGAAAAUUGGGAAGUGUGCGAUCGCUGCUCCUCGCGCUUUCAAGUCUUCCCUGAUCGCAACGAAGAUGGUCAACUUACUGCCAACGGGCCGUGUUAUUUCCAUCCAAAUCGAAAAGUCUUCCGGCAACGACUGAAGACCGAUAGAGAGACUGGCCCAAGGGAGCCUUACUUUCCAUGUUGCAGCAACCUGGUUGGCGCACCCGGAUGCACCAGACAUGAACAUCAUGUCUUCAAGACCAGUAGCCCGGCGCGACUUGCGGCCGUUCUUCCGUUCGAAAACACUCCAGAAAAUGAAUCGCCUCGAAAGGAUUCACGCGGACGAGCGGUCCAGGCAGUGACGUUUGAUUGUGAGAUGGGCUAUACGACGAAAGGGUUGGAGUUGAUCCGGCUGACUGCCGUGUCCUGGCCGUACAACGAGCAGCUCGUUGAUGUCCUCGUCCGACCUGUGGGUGCGAUCAUUGACCUCAAUAGUCGCUUCUCUGGCAUCUUUCCCGAUGACUACACUCGAUCCAUACCCUACGAUAAGUGGGCAGAUUAUACUCCUCCAGCACCAACGGAGAACGAACGAGCACGUCUACCGCUGGUGGAAGGUCCAGCAAAAGCUCGCGAACUCCUCUGCAACUACCUCACUCCCAAAACGCCAUUGAUGGGCCACGCAAUUGAUAACGAUCUGAACACUGUCAGACUGUGCCACCCGACGAUCGUCGAUACAGUUCUCCUAUUCCCGCAUCCACGCGGUCUGCCUAUGCGCUUUGGGCUGAAGAAUCUCAGCGAGAGAUAUCUGCAUCGGAGCAUUCAGAAUGGUGGUGAGCGUGGGCAUGAUUCUCUCGAAGAUGCCAUUGCCACGGGAGAUCUGGUUCGAGUGAAAGUCGCGCAGAAAUGGAAGGAGCUACGGAUCACUAAAUGGCAGAUCGUGAAUGGCAAUCAACUUCUCCCACCAUCGCCACCCAAGAAAGGAAUUGUGGAGAAGUCAGAAGCCAUGGCACAGGAGCAUGGGAACAGAGUUGUGGAGCGCGCCGUCAAUGGCUCGAUGAGGAAACGCAAGAAGAGACCAUCCACCGAUGGCGCAGAUGAUGACAGCGGCAGCGAGGAGGAAGUGCCUGCUUCGGGUAAUGGUGAGACCUGA